UCUUUUGGGCUCGGCACGUGGAAGCGGAGGACGGAGUGAGCGUGGAGAAGGAGAGAGAAGUCUCUCGCGCGUGUGGAUGGUGUAAACGUUCUCGGUGGAUGUACUGAAGGAAGCAGCUCAAUGUUUUACUCAAGAUACCGAUGACCUACAGGACAACCUCAUUGAUGAGUACGAGGGCGUAGAUGAGAGUGGAGUGAUCGGCACACUCUUGGCCCUGCCGACCUUUCCAUCAAUCAAAAGAUCCAGCUGGAGCAGAGCGACGUCCGCUGCGUCCGGCUCUCCACAGUCCCACCAUUUCCUGCUUGUGUUGGUUCCCGUAGCGUUUCAAAACUGUUUCUCCAACGCUUUUUCCAGAAACUCAGACUGUUUUCCAAAGCAGAAGCAGCACAGGCCUCCCAGACUGAGGUGAUGGGAAGUGUGCGGGCCAACCGCUACAGCAUUGUGUCAUCAGAGGAGGACGGAAUGAAGUUGGCCACUAUGGCAGUACCAAACGGCUAUGGGAAUGGGAAGAGUAAGGUGCACACUCGGCAUCAGCCGCAGAGCAGGUUCGUCAAGAAGGACGGACACUGCAACGUGCAGUUCAUCAACGUCAGUGAGAAGGGUCAGCGGUACUUGGCCGACAUAUUUACCACAUGCGUGGACAUUCGCUGGCGCUGGAUGUUUGUCAUCUUCUGCUUGGCUUUCCUGCUCUCAUGGUUGUUCUUCGGAUGUAUCUUCUGGCUGGUGGCCAUCUUCCACGGAGACCUUGAAAACAAGAGUCCAAAAUGCGUUUCGAAUGUGAGCACCUUCACCGCAGCUUUUCUCUUCUCUAUUGAGACUCAGACCACCAUUGGCUAUGGCUACCGCUAUGUGACGGAUGAGUGUCCCAUUGCCGUCUUCAUGGUGGUAUUCCAGAGCAUUGUGGGCUGCAUUAUUGAUGCUUUCAUCAUUGGUGCAGUCAUGGCUAAGAUGGCUAAGCCCAAGAAGCGUAAUGAAACACUGGUGUUCAGCCACAAUGCUACUGUGGCUAUGAGGGACAAUAAGCUGUGUCUGAUGUGGAGGGUAGGGAACCUACGCAAGAGCCACCUUGUGGAGGCCCACGUUCGGGCGCAGCUUCUGAAAUCUCGUACCACUGCAGAGGGAGAAUUCAUCCCUCUCGACCAAAUGGACAUUGAUGUGGGCUUCGACAGUGGCAUCGACCGAAUCUUCCUGGUUUCUCCCAUCACCAUUGUCCAUGAGAUUGAUGAGGACAGUCCCUUCUAUGACAUGAGCAAGCAAGACCUGGACAGCUCAGAGUUUGAAAUUGUAGUGAUCCUGGAAGGCAUGGUGGAAGCCACGGCAAUGACCACCCAGUGUCGUAGCUCAUACCUGGCCAGCGAGAUCCUCUGGGGCCACCGCUUUGAGCCUGUUCUGUUUGAGGAGAAGAACUACUACAAAGUAGACUAUUCUCGCUUUCACAAGACGUAUGAAGUGCCCAGCACUCCCCUGUGCAGCGCGAGGGAACUUGCAGAGAAAAAAUAUAUCCUUUCCAACCCCAACUCCUUCUGUUACGAGAAUGAGGUGGUGCUUCCGAACAAAGAGGACAAGGAGGAAGGAGACGGGGGUGGACUGGGGCCCGUGAACACACACACUGACACUGGCUCGGAGUCUGACCACAAUCAGGCCAGCGUCCCCCUAGAGCCACGGCCGCUGAGGCGAGAAUCGGAAAUAUGACUGCACCGACCUCACGGGAAGGUCUAGCAGAUGCAUCUCGGUCGAAUAGGCAUGUAGACUUGAACUGAGGCCUGUAGGGGAUGCAGACUUAAGCUGACGGUACAGCUGUGAAAAGGGGUUAAUAGACGAACUGAACAAGAGUGUUCUUACGAAUAUGCAUGGUUUAAAAAUACAGAAUAAGACAAAAAAAAUCACAGACUAGUGGCAUUGCACUGUAAGAGGAGUGCACGUAAAGAGGAAGGAGGGGGUUAUUCAAUUAUGCAACACUACCUUUCAGACCGUUGAUUCUGUAUGUCACAAAGUGGAGAGGAUGUAACUGCUAUGCAAAACUUGAAAAUAUCAGGCAUGUCCUCCUGUGCAUUUGUCCACACUUGCAUUAAUUCUUUUAAAUCUGUUGUGGUGGCCAGGUUUUUAUUUGAUAAAACUCAAUGCUUGAAUCAAGUUCUGAUGUCAAGUUUAUAACUUUUCCCAGUUAUAAACUUGAUGUUGUUUCCACAGUAGAAGAUGGUUACAAAACAACUUUGCUAGCCAAACAAUGCUUACUUACCUAAAGGUAAAGUUACCUUAAUGUUUUUUCUUAUUUCACGUCAGAUAACUGUCACAAUUGAUGUAACCCCAUUUUUCAAAUAUAUAAAUACGCCAGCUAUUCUAUUAUCCAGUAUAUUUAUUAGCAUAUGUACCACCACAUAUUUUUCUAUUUUCAGUAUGAGUCUUAGGGCCUUAGUUGGAUCAGAGGUACCCUUGAAAUAGUCCUUUUGGGGACUUAUGACUUAUGUGCGUGUGACCUGUGGCCACAAUACACAAUAAUUCACUCAUAGUUAAUGUAAGAAGAGCAGAGCUUAACUGCAGGCCUCGCAGUGGUAUAGGAGCUUGGGGGAAAUGCAAGGAACAUGCCUGUUUACAGCGCUAACUCCCACAGGGUCAGAAUGGUGUCACAGCCAGACACAGCAGUCAUCCCGUCCACUGGGACAGAGAGGGUGAGAAUGUGCUAAUGAAUGUUUUUUUUUCUAUACAUGCUGCUAUGUUGCAUAUUAUAAUAGGGUUUUGGAGAAACCAAAGAGUAUUCUACAACAAUCUGUGAUAAAGGAUGCAUCAGAUUCUUAUACAGAUGCUAGAAGUAGGUAUAUUGGAGAGAGAAGAAAAAAAUAAUCAAGAACAUUUUGCAAAUGGAGAGAUUUUUUGUUUGUUCGCUUGUUUUUCAAUACAUUUAUUUUAUCAGCUAUUUUCAUAUUCAAAGCCAAAUGUUUGUAAGACAAAGAUGAAAUAAUGUAUAAGGAAACCCAUUAGAUAUAAAAUGGCUACAGGUUAGCCUAAUUGUUUUGUCUUUUUUUUUUUUUUAGUAGUCCCCACAACAAGUGUCAGUGUUACUAAUAUUUUUAGUGUUUUGAGGUUAUGAAACUGUUGCUAAAAAUCUGUAGACUUAAAACAACCUGUAUGAAGUGAACAUAUAUUCUUUUACAAGAAAAACAUAUAUGUGCAAUGUGUAAAACUGCACUGUAUUAAGACCUGGAGAUUGAAGGUAGCUAAUCUUUUGUAGCAUUGGAUAGAAAACACGACUAUCCUACACUUUACCCUUACAGAGUUUAGCUCGUCUAAUGUUUCACGACUUCUCAAUCAACACUAACCUCUAACAUUGCCUGACAAACUGCAAUACAACCCUAAUGGCUCAUUCAGGAUGUGUACCAGGACACUGGAAGCCAUGUAGGACUGAAUAAUUAGACUGAGAUCACAUGCCAUGAUCCAAUAGCACGACCGCGUCACCAGCAUUGCGCUCAGGACCAUACAUUAGAAGUGUGCCCAAGCUAUGAUAUAGUCCCUGAUUUAAUGAUAUCAGAUGAUAUCAUGCCAUCAAAACACUCUGCACCAGUGUCUGUACUUUACUAAUACCUGUUAUGAAGUGUCUACCAGAGCAAAUUCUCUCCAACGCUCUCUAAAAAGGAGAUAAUAAAAUCAGACCAACAAAUGCUUUUUUUUUUUUUUUUUUAAAGAAAUAUCUUUGUUGUUUUCAAAAACAAACAACACACAUGGCAUAUUGACUGUGUGAAGCGUUUGAAUCAACAUGUUGGUUAUGUUGUGUUGAUGUUGUUUAAGCCGUUUCAUUUCUGUUGCAUUUAUUCGCGAAACACUAGGUUAGUAGCCAUGAUCAGUGGGCCUGAUGAGUACUGACCUACAGCUGGUUCUACCACAAACAGAAAGACCCCCUUUAAACGACUGAUGCCCUACAUGGAGCGUUUCUCCUUGGUUUGUAAAUAUCCCACUACCUUUUGCAGUCUUUUUGUAUCAGUCUUCCUUGUACUGCAAAACAAAACUAAA